AUGGAGGCACUCCAGGGGCUGUUGCUGUGGCUGCUGCUGGGCUCAGGCGGGGUGUGGGCAUCAUGGGGGCCACUGCGGCCCCUCUGCCGGCCCAUCAACGCCACCCUGGUUGCCGAGAACGAGGCCUGCCCUGUCUGCAUCACCUUCACCACCAGCAUCUGUGCCGGCUACUGCCCCAGCAUGGUGCGGGUACUGCCGGCCGUCCUGCCACCUAUGCCCCAGCAUGUGUGCACAUACCGAGAGUUGCGUUUUGCCUCUGUCCGGCUGCCCGGUUGCCCACCUGGAGUGGACCCCACAGUCAACUUUCCUGUGGCCCUUAGCUGCUGGUGUGGGCCCUGUCGCCUCAGCAGCUCUGAUUGCGGGGGCCCCAGAGCCCAACCUAUGACUUGUGAACGCCCCCACCUCCCCAGUCUCCUUUUCCUCUAA